AUGCCCACGCCCUCCUCCAACGCGUCUGAUCCACCUUCACCGCGCUUCUACCCUCUCUCGUCAUGUCCCGACCCUGAGGAGCAGCAGCCCACUUCGCAAACGGCCUCAGAAGUCGCGCCGACAUCGCCAGAAUCGCCAUCGCAUUCAGUCUGGCGGCGCCCGCUAUCUCCGAGCAGCCAUCCCGCCGACCGCGGCGCGGGCCCGAACCCGACCGUUACCGACGACUCGCGAUCGGCCACCAUGUCGCCGGGGCCACAAUCGGAGGGCACUGUUGCCGAUAUGGGACACGAGCCCGACAGAAUGGUCGUCUCGCAUGACGUCGCCGGGGAGAGACACAAGCCAGCGGAUGCGGACGAUGACAUGAGCGCCGCCAGCGACGAGCACGCGCGGGGUGGCGCUGGGGGCGGGAGUUGCGGGGGAAGCAGAGACGGAAUCGCGAGGACGACACUAGGCGGAGCAACGGGCCGGAGGAAGCCGGCGACGGAGCGACUCUCCUCCGUCAUGGGGAAGUUGCGCGAGGUCGACGUCUGGAACCCGGCGGAACGGGGCCCGCGGUGGGUGGAGGACAGCGGUCUCGUCGGGCUGGGACUGGAGUAUUCGCACAUGAGGGUCAUGACUCCGGCGCCGUCGCUGUACCUUCAGCCGGGGAGUAAGUUUGCGGGGACACAGCAGUCGGAGCGGCAGCGGUAUGAUGUUGAGGUCGAGAUUAAGCACGUGGACAUGCGCGAGUCGUUUCUCUGCGGCUAUCUGAAGAUUCAAGGCCUGACCGACGACCACCCGACAUUAACAACGUAUUUUGAGGGCGAGAUUAUCGGCACCAAGUACGGCUUCAUCACGCAACACCAAGGAUGGGGCGCGAGCGAGAAGAUUGACCUGUCGCACUGGUCCAAGUUCACCGCCUUCCGGCCGUACCUGAAGCAGGCGCGCAAGGGCGGACACACGGUAAUCAAGGAUGUCGACCAGAGGGAAAACAUUUUUAUGCGAUGGAAGGAGCACUUCCUUGUUCCAGACCAUCGGGUUCGGACGAUUAAUGGGGCGAGCUUCGAGGGGUUCUACUACAUCUGCUUCAACCAGGUCAAGGGGGAGGUGAGCGGUAUCUACUUCCACAGCAAGAGCGAGAAGUUUCAACAGCUUGAGCUGAAAUAUGUGGACAACAAGGGGUGUUUUGGGGCUAUGGAGUUUCGAUAA